GCUCGAUCAACAUCAGCACCAGCGACAGCACCAGCACCAGCGACAUUGCGCUCGGCCACCACGACAUGAGUCUGGACGAGUCCAUGGCCCAGCUCGACGAAGAGUGCGCGGCGCUCUCGGCAAUCUAUCCGGACGACUUUGCGUACUCGCCCGACGAGGACCGGCUGUCGGCCGCCUUCACGUUCGUCCUCGAGCGAGGCCCCGUUACGAUGCAUCUCUAUUUCCCGCCGGACUACCCAACAGAGAGCCCGCCCGUCUACGAGCUGCAGACGCAGUGGCCAUGCAAGGGCAUCAACCUGCCGCUUGAAACCGGGCACCUCGAUGAGAUCCACAAGGGGCUUCUCGAGAUCUGGGAGACGCAGAAGGGCCAGGUCGUUGUCUUUGCCUGGGUCGAGUGGCUGCGAGAGUAUCUCGAGGCACAUUAUGCCGGUCCAAUCGAAGAAUCGCAUGCGCUGUCGCAGACUCAGGCCCAGCUCGACGAAUCCCCCGGUGCCAGUCCUACAAGUGCUGAGGAUGCGGAGCAGGAGUUCCGUGACUGGACCUUCUACGAGAGCCAAAAGCAGGCCGGCGCUGCGAUCGACUCGACAGACUCCAGGGUGCCGGCGAUCGUGCACGCGGACGAGCCAAUCGUGGAUCGCAAGAGCGUAUUUAUCGCUCACGCAGCAGCGGUCCGGAACGAAGACGAAGUCAAGCGAGUGGUCGAGACGUUGCUGCAGGACCGGCGCAUAGCCCGAGCAACCCACAAUAUCAUGGCGUAUCGCAUCGUGACCGAGAGCGGCAUUGUUCGGCAGGACAACGACGACGACGGCGAGACAGCAGCAGGCCAGCGGCUGCAGCACAUGCUGCAAAUCAGCGACUGCCGGAAUGUCGUCGUCGUCGUCACCCGCUUCUAUGGAGGCAUCCAGCUCGGCCCUGCCCGAUUCAAGCACAUCAACAACGCAGCUCGCAUGUUGUUGGAGCAGCACGGGUUCAUACCCAAGAAAUAGAUAUCGUACUGGAGCAUGAA